GCUCUCCGGCGCUCUCUCCCGACUGGUGUGCACAUAUAUACGCGUGGCAUCCGCCCUUCAGAAUGUUGCGGUUAUUCAUCUGCGCAGUGAUACUGGUGUGCGUCGCCGGAAGCCCGAGGUCUCACGGCCAUGCUGUGAAGCCUACGCCCGAAUACGCGGAUCCAUGCUAUCCAAGCCCGUGUUACAAUGGGGGAGUUUGUCGUCCUGAAGGUCACAGCUACCACUGUGCGUGCCCACACCCCUACGUGGGUUGGAAAUGUGAAGCCAAGCAGGACCUGUGUAAUCCAGACCCAUGCGUUAAUGGCGGCAUCUGCCACACGGAUGAUUAUACGCAAACGUGCGAAUGCCCAUAUGGAUUUUCUGGUGAACGGUGUGAGUUUGAGGUGAACCCGUGCAAGCCCGAUCCAUGCUUCAACGGCGCCACCUGCCUGCCGGGCGAGAAUGCGCAUAACACGGGCUACAACUGCGCAUGCGCGUACGGUUACGUCGGCAAACGAUGCGAGUUUGGGAAGCACACGGUACCGGAGCACUAUAUCCACCACCCCGACGACCAUACACCCGUAUAUCCACACAUCAGCGAGGAACACCCACCGGCGCAUUCAGGGUACAGGCACGCGUAUGGACACACCCCAGUUGUACACGAUAUUCCUGUACAUUCCUACAAACCCGUGCACUCCUACAAGCCAGUGCAUUCCUAUGAACCAGCCCCAGCUCCUGUACAUGAGGUGCCCGUGCAUUCCUAUGAACCUAAACAUUCUUAUGAACCAGCCCCAGCUCCUGUACAUGAGGUGCCCGUGCAUUCCUAUGAACCUAAACAUUCCUAUGAACCAGCCCCAGCUCCUGUACAUGAGGUGCCCGUGCAUUCCUAUGAAUCUAAAUAUUUCUAUAAACCAGCCCCAGCUCCUGUGCAUACGGUUCCUGUGCAUUCCUAUGAACCUAAACAUUCCUAUGAACCAGCCCCAGCUCCUGUACAUGAGGUGCCCGUACAUUCCUAUGAACCUAAAUAUUCCUAUGAACCAGCCCCAGCUCCUGUGCAUAAGGUUGCUAAACAUUCCUAUGAAUCAGCCCCAGCUUAUGUACAUAAGGUUCCUGUGCAUUCCUAUGAACCUAGAUAUUGGUAUAAACCAGCCCCAGCUCAUGCGCACGUUGUUCUUGCACGUCCGUAUGCAUCCGUCCCUUACACUCCAGCAUUACCAUACAGCUUCUAUCCUCUAGGCCCCUACGCUGCCUCUCCCUACGCACACGCCCCAUAUGCCGCCGUUCCAGCCGCAGAGAUCACGAAAGCAGAAGCAGAACACCCAAAAGAAGAAAACAAUGAGCCGAAGAGGGAGGAAGAAGUGAAGGCCGAGACUGACGAGGAGAAGGAAGCGAAGCCAUAUAGGGCUGCUGAGGUGCUUGAGCUGAAGCCAUACGAGGUGAACCCAUACCGCAGCGCAGCAUCCCCGACGCACGGCGACUACACCGACGAGCCUAGGCACUACGAUGCGCACGACGCUCCUACAUACGGCGAUGACAUCAUUCGUCACGUGAUCCAUCCGAAGUUCCACGUGCGGGCGUAUUCGCCAAUCCCUGCCGCGCCCUACGGCCCCGCGUCUGCGCGUGCGCCGGGACACGAGCAAGAGUACCAGCCGAGCCGAGCAUACGAUCGCUACGCGGCCGCCCCACGUCCCGUGUACCAACAUGACGGCACCUACCGCUACUAAACACCACUCGCAGCAGCUGUCCAUCACAACCCCCCGCCACGUAUACUAUAUCCGGACAGGUGCGCCAAUCUUGACGCCGUGUUACUCCUAUUUCAAUGCCAAUGGCGCGUUAUCGGUACGUAGUCCAAAAAAUCUGUUAGAUCGCGCGUGUUUAUACGGACUCGGAUGUUCAUUUCAAAAGGUCCUAAAUAAGGAUAUCGAUGUCAAACGUAUUAGCUUAAAUGCGCUGAAGUUUGCUUGAGAUGGUUUAGUAUUAACAGAACUCGCAAAACUACUGCUAUCUCGUGUUUUGACAUGUAUUUUGUUGAGAGAAAAUGUUUUUGUUUUAUUAUAUAGCUUCGCGUAGGCGCGCGAGGAUAGACGGGGAGACUUCAAUCCCGCCUAACGUCACAUGAGAGCUACCGGCUGUCUCUCUCCUCGUGUUAACGUCACGUAAGCGUAACACGCGUGCCAAUUAUCAUUUUCUGGCGUGUGCUUUAGCCGCCUUGCAGCGGCGUCUGUAGUGUACCUGUUCUUACCGCCACUUAACGUUCUGUUCCUGUGAUCGCCGUCGUUUCGCUCUCGUGUCUGCUAUCGACCCAGAGUCCGAGGUCGGCAGUAGAUGAAAAUAGGCUGCUUUAAUUUGUUGCAUGCGUCGUGGCCAGUGUGGCGACAGACAGUGGUGAUAUUAUUAGCCAGAUAAAAUACAUGUAGUUACAGUAUAAAAUGUAAUCAAGGCUAACAGGAUGUAAAAUGUAAUAAUUUUUUUUCUAAGGGUUGAGUAGAUGACGGUAUCUAAAUAACCGAAUUAUAAUAAUUGAGGCUAUAGUUUGGGUAUAAUACAUAGCGUAUUAUAUUAUAGAUGUAAUAUACAUUAUCGAAAAUCUCUCUAUAUUUGUCCAGCUGUCACUUUGGUGAUUUGGCAACAUAUGUGAUACGAAUUAGUGAUAUAUAUAUAUGUGUGUGUGUAUUUGAUGCGUGCGUAUGCGUAAUAUGUAUAUGUGCAUGGUGUAAUGAACAUGAAUUCGAUAAACGCCACAUCUAACCAUAGAAAUAA